CUGCUGCUAAUAACGGCAUUAUUUCAAGAGUUUGAUGAAAACCCAAGUCGCAUAGGCAUUAUUUAAAAAAAAAAAAAGGAAAAAAAAAAUAGAAAGAGGGAGAGGGGAGAGAGAGAGAGAGGGAAAAAAAAGACCUGCGGAUUGAUCUACACUGUAUUUUGGGUAAAUAUAAUCACGUGGGACCUCGGAGCCAAUGGCACGCUAGGAAAGGCUGAAAAAAUAAUUACCUGCCCUGAUUGUUCUAUGAGAAGAUAAAAAGUACACAUACAGUUCAUACAAUAAUCUUAUGAAUGUAAAAGAGGGGGAACAAUGUCGGCUUCGGGUCCCAUAAGCAACUAUUAUGUAGAUUCUUUGAUUAGCCACGAGAGCGAAGACUUGCUGGCGUCCCGGUUCCCAGCUACUGGCUCUCAUCCUGCUGCAGCCCGACCGUCAGGAUUGGUACCGGAGUGUGCAGAUUUUCCGUCCUGCAGCUUUGCCCCCAAACCGGCCGUUUUUACCACUUCGUGGGCUCCCGUGCACUCCCAGUCGUCCGUGGUUUACCACCCGUACACCCACCAGCCACACAUUGGAACUGACACUCGGUAUAUGCGCACUUGGCUGGAGCCUAUCUCCGGCGCGGUCUCGUUCCCAGGUUUUCCAGCCAGCAGCCGGCACUACGGGCUUAAACCCGACGCCUUCCACGGCCGCAGGGACUGCGGACCGGUGGAUGGACGUAGUUAUCCGGAUUAUAUGUAUGGAUCCCCGGGAGAUCUCAGGGACAGAACCCCGCAGACUAUACCCUCUCCGGAAUCUGAGGCCGUCGCUUCCAACAAACACAAAGAAGAAAAGACCGAAUUGGACCCUAAUAACCCUGUUGCAAAUUGGAUUCAUGCACGUUCUACAAGAAAGAAAAGAUGUCCUUACACGAAAUAUCAAACGCUGGAACUAGAAAAAGAGUUUUUAUUCAAUAUGUACCUAACUCGGGACCGCCGUUAUGAAGUAGCCAGGGUUCUUAAUCUCACUGAGCGCCAAGUCAAAAUCUGGUUUCAGAACAGGAGGAUGAAAAUGAAGAAAAUGAAUAAAGAGAAAACCGAUAAUAACAAUAAUAAAGAGCAGCAGUGAAACUGGCCACAUCCUUCCAGUCUGUGGAGAAAUCAAGGCGCUGGUUUUUCCCAAGAAAGAAAUUGUUCCUGACUUUUUUCCCCUUAAUGUGCUGAUGAGUGUUUAGAAUUAGUUAAACACGGCAAACCUUUCUGGAACAAAAAUGAGAGAGAGAGACAGAGACAGAGACAGAGGGAAAGAGAAACAUAAAAAGUGCUUUUCUUUACAAAAUGCAAACACACACACACACACACACACACAUACACACAUACACAUCCCUAACAAUUGCAACUAAAAAUAAACUUUUUUUUUCUUUUCAGAAAAAAACAACAAAGUACUUGAAUUUUUGGAUUAGUAUUUUAUUUUGUAAAUUAAAUUUAUCCAGUGGUUUUUGUUUUUUUUUGUUUUUUUUUAAUUAUUAUUUUAUGAUGUUGUGGUUGCAUAUUUUGUACAAUGGAAAGAAUAAAAGUGGGUGGGGGGGGUGGAAAGAAGGAGAAAGGAAAAAAAUGGUGGUAGGGGGGAGUGAUUGCUCAAAACAAUGUUUCUGUCCUCGUGUCGAACUGGUGUACUUAUUUGUGUCUUCUCUGAUUGUCACAGAACCGUUCUGUAACACUGUUAUGUUUUGCUAUCGUAGAACAGCUUUCUGUAAAUAUAUACCUAACGUCACCCAAAAAAAAGGAGGAAAAAAAUCCGUCGGUAAUCAAGGUGUCUUUUUUAAAAAAAAAUGUAAACUCCUAUGGAGGAAUAAUACCCCCUCCCCCGAGUAAGUUGUAAAGGAAGGAAAGGGCAGGGAGACACUGUUUUGGGAUUCUUACGGAUACAAAUUCUGGAAAAAGAGGUCCAUUUAAUUACCGCUGGUUUCCUUCGGAAAAUAGAAGACCAGAAUAUCUUCUCUUGGGAAAUUGUAGGAAAAGAACAGAUUUUCGGCUUCCAUUAUUUUUACCAUUAUGUUUACCAUUAUUUUUAUUUUUAUUUUCCUUUCUCAGUCUCUUAGCCCCUGAACCUUUCUCCUUGUCUCUCAAUAUACCAAUAUCUGCCUAAUGUCAUGCUGGUAAAACAAAACAAAACAAAACACAAAAAAAAAAUAAGAGAGAAGAUUCGGGUAAAAGGCGGCAGGGUGCUCUGCAUUUUAAUUUGGGGUAAUUAAUUGUACUAAUUUAUGACCCUGGGCAAUCAAAGAAUGUGCACGAGAUAAAAUAAGGGCCCCAGUCCGGUUCUGCUCGCAGAUAGUUUACUCUUUACUUUUGUGAUCGCCCGGAGACUAUUCUAUUGGAACGCUUUGGGAUUAUCAGCGAAGUGCCAAAAACUUGUUAGUGCCUCGCUUGGGGGCCCAAGCAAUUACGAAUUAGGUUCGUAAUGUACCACCACCACCACAGGGGAGGGGGAGAAAAAGAGGAGGGGGGGAUGGUGUGUUCCUAAUGGUAGUGUUAGGACUGAAUAGCGAGAGAGCAUCAUCUAAAUAAUAAUAAAAAGCUUAAAAUGUUAUAAAGCCUAAGGGAGUGGAAUUCAGAUCGGAAGGUUCCCCGCCCCCCAGCCCCUUGGCCCCUUUUAAAACCUCUUUCUCGGGCAGGGAGAAAGGGAAUCUGGGAGUGUUAAAACUCCGCGGGUCUCUCUGUUUAGGAACGAGUUAAAUGACACGGGGCCCGGCGGGAAAGGUGGCAACGCGAGGAGGGGGCUCUGGGAUGGUGGAAGGCCAGGAUUUUCUACUUUUUCAUAGGUCAUUUAAAAAUCUUUCCUACAAAGGCAGGUCUCCUGUUGCCAGGGCCGUUUAAAUGAAAGUCAAAGGGUUUUUAUUUUAUUUUAUUUUAUUUUAUUUUUUAAAAAGGGGAAAAGACGCCUGUGAGAUGCUUCCUCACAACUUGUUUAUAAAGCAUUGGUUUUCUUGAAAGAAGGAAGAAGCCAAAUUACUUCUAAUUUUUCUAAUGGUAAACAGAUCGAGGCUUGCAAAGAUCCAAGCCUCCAUAGAAACGAACAACAAAAUAAAUAUGUGGUUUUGUUUUUUUUUUAAAGGAAAAAAAAAAAUCUGGAACCUUUGCCCCGCUGAUGUCCUCAAACGAUUACUUCGUACUUUGUGUCUGCCGUUUAUGAAAAUAAGUUUGCAGGCUUGUGUGUUUAUCUAGGUUGCAUAAGACCGGGGGAGGUAGGACUUGGGAGCAGGAAAAGAAUGCUUAUCCGUUCGAACAAAAAAAAAAAAAUGUAACAGCUAAGCUUUAGCUUUGUGCAGUGUUUUUUAAGAGGGUCCGAGUAUACAGCAAAUGCGGAAGGGCAGGAAAGAUCGAAAAGUUCCGUGUAAAGGGCAAUAAAUAAAUAUGUAUAAACCC